AUGCCCGCCUCGCUGAUGCCAGCCAAGCCCAGGAUGGUGAGGUGCUGCAGGCGAGGCAUGCCAACCACGAGUCUUGCCAGGAAGCCGUCCACCCAGUCCCUCCAGGAAACGGCGGCCAGAUCCGACUCGAGGACGAGGCACAGGCUGGCGAGAUCAGGCAGCGCCCCCAGCCAGGCCGCGCCUCGGAGCUCACCGUGCGGCACCCCGGUCAGGGUGAGGGCCGUGAGACGGGGGAGGGAGGCCAGGUCAGGCCCCACCUCGUGCAGCGGGGCCUCCAGGGAGCGCAGGCGGGGCAGGCGCAGGAGGGCCUCGGACGCGCGUGCGGCGCCGUCGCCAGGAUCAAAGCCGCAGCGUCCGACGGACAGGUUUCGCAUGCGUGAGAAGUGCGACAGGGUGGCGCGCCCCGCCAGCUGGAAGUGGGAGAGGGUCAGCUCGCGCAGGCCGUCCGCCAGCGGCAGCAGCACGGCGCAGUCCAAGCGCUGGCGGUUGCGCGUGGAGACCAGGCAUAGCAUGCGCAGUGCGAGCAGCCGGCCCAGAUUGCCCAGGUGUGGUAGGCACGCGGGGCGCGCCGUCAGCGUCAGGGAGGCCGUCCGGGGAAAGGCGGCCGGCAGCCGCGCCACGUCCGCGCCGGCAACAGGCCUCAGGUCCCGAACGGCGGAGGAGACUGCGGCGCGCCAGGCUCGGCUGACUAGGCGGGCGGCGGCGACGUCGUGCAGGGACCUCAGGCUGGUUACCAGUUGCUCGAUCAGGACGGCGGGGAGGAUGAGGAUCGGAUCCAUGGUGAACUGUAUGUCAGAUGUGGGGUGUGCAAAGGGGGGAAGUGUACAUGGGACACUGCAGCCGUGGACCCUGGACCGGGGGCCAAGUCAUGGGCAUCUCCGAAGCCCUGCAUGGGCAGGGUGCUCGGGCAUGAGCAGCAGGACGCACCGAGGUGUCGGAGAAUCUACCGGAUAUCAGGGUAGCAUCUGUUGA